UUGAAUUGAGCCCCAUAUUUACAACCUGAACCCUCUCGCCUUCCUCCCUCCCACUCUCUCUCUCUCUCUCUCUGUGUGGCGUCGAGACUCAGAAACCAGGCGUUUCCAUGUCCUUCACGAUCAACUAACGGAAGGGUUUCGCGAAUUUACAUGGAAUUUGCACUUGAUGGUGAUGUUGAUGGCGAGGUGGUGGGGAGUUCUGCUGAGAUGGAACUUAGUAGAGCAGCUGAUGAAAAUGAAACCGGCGGUAGUUCUGUUGAAGGGGCAUUCCAGUUGGGCCUGGAUGAUAAAAUAAAUGUAGAUUCUCCUGGAGGGGAUAUAAUUCCAGAAGCAGUUCCUGUAGUAUCGGUGGUUUCCGCAGAUGAGCCAUAUGUUGGUCAAGAGUUUGAAACUGAAGCAGCUGCUCAUGCAUUUUAUAAUGCAUAUGCCACACAUGUGGGAUUCAUAAUUCGUGUAAGCAAGCUCUCUCGAUCAAGGCGUGAUGGAUCUGCCAUUGGUCGUGCACUUGUUUGUAACAAAGAGGGUUAUAGAAUGCCUGACAAACGUGAAAAAAUUGUAAGGCAAAGAGCCGAGACCAGGGUUGGUUGCAGAGCAAUGAUUUUGGUGAGGAAAGUAACUUCUGGGAAAUGGGUUGUCACAAAAUUUGUAAAGGAGCACACUCAUACUUUGACACCUGGGAAAGGUCGAAGGGAUUGCAUUUAUGAUCAAUAUCCGAAUGAGCAUGACAAAAUUCGGGAAUUAUCUCAGCAGUUGGCAAUAGAGAAAAAGCGUGCUGCGACCUAUAAAAGACAUCUGGAACUAAUUUUUGAGCACAUUGAAGAACACAACGAGAGCCUAUCAAAGAAGAUCCAACACAUAGUAGACAGUGUGAAGGAGAUUGAAGGCAAAGAACUGCAAGGACACAGAUAAGGAUUGCUGCAACUUAAGCACCUCUCGUUUGGUAAAACAUAGAAUCAAGCAAUGUCGUGGACAAUGCUGCAGGAUGAAUUGUUCGGUCAUUGUUUUGAUUUUAGUGUUAGGGGUUCGCCCGGAAUCUAGUUAGUUUCUAACUUUCUAUAGCUUUGUGAUGUUUUAGUCACUGGCAUUCAUUGGACUGCCUUGCGUAAAUUUCUCGUCUGCAUCAAAUGGUCAGUAGGGAAAAUGUUAUUGAGCCCAUGUACAGUUUUACCUGAGCCAUCCAUGUGAAUUGUGCUUAUAAAGCAGAUUAUAGGACGUCCGAAGGAAGUUGGAAUCGAACCAUCGCUUACACGUGAAAUUUGAUAUGAGGUCUGUUUUGUAUAGCUUCAGAACAGUGUAUUCAAUCCUCCUUUUAAAUACAACUCUUGAGAAUUUCCCUUU